AUGGCUACCAACGCUGCUUCGUAUAAUCCAAUUGGAGAAAAGACUGGUCCAGCGACAGGGCAGCCACCGGCAGUCUCGAAUGAAACAAAAGCUGCGCUUACAGACGCUGCAGAAUCCAGCAUAACUGGCUCGCAUGUGACAGGAAAGAACACAGCCCCCGUAGCUGGGGAGGGAGAAAAGAAAGUGAAGAGCGAGAAAGAGCUUGAGAGAGAACGCAAGAAGGCGGAGAAGCAAGCCAAGUUUGACCAAAAAAAGCAAGCUCAACAGGCAAGUGUUGCUUCGGCUGCACCGAGCAAGAACAAGGAGAAGAAAGUCAAAGCCGAGAAGAAGGCUGCCGAAGAAGUCUUGCCAACAUAUGUUGAGGAUACCCCAGUCGGAGAAAAAAAGUUAAUAAAAUCUUUCGAUGACCCCCAAUACAAGGCAUACAAUCCGAUCGCCGUCGAAUCAGCUUGGUAUUCGUGGUGGGAGAAGGAGGGCUUCUUCAAGCCAGAAUUUACAGCAGAAGGAGAAGUUAAACCCGAGGGGUCGUUCGUAAUUGUCGAACCACCACCGAAUGUCACCGGAAACCUACAUAUGGGCCAUGCUCUUCCUAAUGCUUUGCAAGAUUUGCUCAUUCGUUGGAACCGUAUGCAUGGUAAGACAACACUCUGGCUCCCGGGAUGUGAUCACGCUGGUAUCUCGACUCAGAGCGUCGUUGAAAAUAUGCUGUGGCGCCGCGAGCAAAAGACUCGUCAUGAUCUUGGAAGACCCAAGUUCGUUGAGACUGUCUGGGAUUGGAAGGACGAAUAUCACAAGAAAAUCAAUGCUGUUCUUCGCAGAAUGGGUGGAUCCUUCGACUGGACUCGUGAAGCUUUCACGAUGAACGAGAAUUUCUCAGCCGCCGUUACAGAAACAUUUGUAACACUGCACGAGGAAGGUAUCAUUUACAGAGCCAACAGACUCGUGAACUGGUGCACAAAACUCAAUACUUCCCUAUCGAAUCUCGAGGUUACCAACAAAGAACUUACGGGACGCACACUUCUUGAUGUACCAGGAUACGAUAAGAAAGUGGAAUUUGGUGUCAUCGUUCAUUUCCAGUACCAAAUUGAAGGAAGCGAGGAAAAGAUCGAGGUUGCUACAACUCGUAUUGAAACCAUGUUAGGCGAUACUGGUAUUGCAGUCCACCCUGAUGACAGUCGUUACACACAUCUUGUUGGAAAGAACGCCAUUCACCCCUUCAUCGAAGGGCGACUGAUGCCAAUUGUUGCUGAUACAUAUGUUGAAAAGGACUUUGGUACUGGUGCUGUAAAGAUCACCCCAGCUCACGACCCUAAUGAUUUUGCUCUUGGUCAGCGACACAAUCUUGAGUUCAUUAAUAUCUUGACCGAUGAUGGUAAGAUGAACGACAAUGCUGGCUCUUACGCCGGACAAAAACGUUUCGAUGCGCGUUACACUAUCCAGGAGGACCUUAAGAAGGCUGGUUUAUAUGUUGACAAGAAAGAUAAUCCCAUGACUGUCCCACUCUGUGAAAAAUCAAAGGAUAUAAUUGAGCCAAUGUUGAAGCCGCAGUGGUGGAUGAAGAUGAGAGAAAUGGCGGAUGAAGCUAUUAGGGUUGUGAAGUCUGGCGAGGUUAAGAUCAAGCCUGAAUCAGCCGAGAAGAGUUAUCUUCGAUGGAUGGAGAAUAUCAAUGAUUGGUGCUUAUCGAGACAGCUGUGGUGGGGUCAUCAAGCACCUAUGUACUUUGCCCAAAUCGAAGGCGAUGCGAAUGAUGAGAGCAAUGGUGAUCGGUGGUUCGCCGGUAGAACACAAGAGGAGGCAGAAAUCAAAGCUCAGAAGUCUCUUCCGGGUAAGACUUUCACGCUCAAGAGAGACGAGGAUGUCUUGGAUACCUGGUUCUCAUCUGGUCUUUGGCCUUUUGCUACCAUGGGCUGGCCAAAGAAAACAAGUGAUUUCGAAAAACUAUACCCAACAUCAGUACUUGAGACUGGCUGGGAUAUUUUGUUCUUCUGGGUUGCACGCAUGAUCAUGCUUGGCAUCAAAAUGACUGGCAAAGUCCCUUUUACUGAAGUAUACUGUCAUUCUCUGGUUCGUGACUCUGAUGGUAGGAAGAUGUCGAAAUCCUUGGGUAAUGUCAUUGAUCCUCAAGAUGUGAUUCAAGGUAUCGCCCUUGACGAUUUACAUGCCAAGCUUUUAGUCGGUAAUCUUGUCCCAGCCGAGGUUGAGAGGGCAAAGAAGUAUCAAAAGACUGCUUACCCUGAUGGCAUUCCAGAAUGCGGUACUGAUGCUUUGCGAUUUGCGUUGGUAUCUUACACUACUGGUGGUGGAGAUAUUGCAUUCGAUAUCAAGGUCAUUCAUGGAUACCGAAAGUUCUGCAACAAAAUCUAUCAAGCCACAAAAUACGUGGUUGGUAAAUUGCCAGCGGAUUUUGUUCCACAAAAGACUGCCAAACUCACUGGCAAGGAGUCCUUGCCUGAGCGCUGGAUCUUGCAUAAGAUGACGACGGCUGCGAAAGAAAUCAAUCAAAACCUCGAAGAUCGUGAAUUCAUGCGUUCAACGACUGCCAUUUACCAGUAUUGGUAUAAUCAACUGUGCGAUGUGUACAUUGAGAACUCGAAAGCAAUCCUUCAAGACGGCACCGAAGAGGAUAAGAUAUCUGCUACUAACACUCUAUAUACUGCUCUCGAAGGUGCCCUGACCAUGAUUCACCCUUACAUGCCUUUCUUGACUGAGGAGCUCUGGCAACGUCUUCCUCGACGUCCAGAGGAUAAGACCCCAUCUAUCGUUCUUGCCAAAUACCCAGUCUAUGAGGCAGAGUUGGACGAUCCUGCAUCCGAGGCAGCUUACGAACUUUUAUUGGGAGUAUCCAAGGGUAUUCGAUCCUUGAUGGCUGAAUACUCGCUUAAAGAUGAAGGAAAGGUCUUCGUCCAAGCCUACGAUGCUACCUCCCACUCCACCGUUACAUCCCAAACUCAAUCUAUCAAGUCAUUAUCCGGUAAAGGUGUUUCUUCCUUGGAAAUACUCUCCUCAACCGAUGCUCGCCCAGCUGGAUGUGUAGUAUUUUCCGUAUCCUCCGCUGCUGCCGUCUUCUUGCAUGUCAAGGGUCGUGUAGAUAUCGAUGGAGAGAUCCAAAAAGCCGCAAAGAAGCUAGAGAAAACUCGCGCAAGUAUUGAGAGACAAAGAAAGAUCCUUGAUGACCCAGCAUACACAGAAAAAGUCAGCCAAGAACUGCAGGAGGUAGAAAGAAAGAAGCUAGGGGAUCUUACGACUGAACAGCGUGACGUCGAGGAGACAAUCAAACAAUUCGAGACGUUGAAGCUAGAGUAG